AUGGCCACAUUCAACUCCAUGCCGGCUCCCAGCCCCGGCGAGGCCAUGGGGUUGAACGCUGCUAUGGUUAGCUCCGGGCUUGGUUUAGAAAGCUUCGAGCCGGAACUGAACUUCGACGAGUCCAUGCUAGAAGCUGUCAACGGCGGUCUGCCUCCAUUGCCUUUUACACCGUCGUACGACUUCGAAACCUUCUCGACCACCUUCGAGGACCCCUUCAACUACUCCAGACCGUACGAAGCCGCGCCGACCACCGAAGACCUGCACCACGAUGAGGAUUCCUCGCCGCAGCAGCUCGACGACAAGCUGCUCGGCUUCUCGACGACCAUAAUCAAGGCCACACCGCUUGACGAUGCGCUCGGUACCUAUUCGGAGCUCAACAUGUCGGCCGAGCUGUACGGCAUGUUCUUCGUCGCGGAGGACGUAUUUGGCGGUGAGACGUCCGGCCGCCCGCUCGAGCUGACAUGCUACCGGCGGAAUCUGUGGCAGUGCUCGGGGUACAUACACCUCCCGCGCCACUGCACGCAAGUCAUGAACGAGCAAGGGCGCGCCAUACCGAUCGUCGAGUUCCACGCCUCCAUAUCCGCCAUCGAGAGCAUCGAGGGCAAGCUCACUGAGAUCAUAUCGAUACCGUGGAAAAACAGCAAUCCGGCCCUGGGCGAGGGACAGGAGACCAAGGUGGCAAGCGCACCGCCCAAGAUCCUGCUUGAUCUCAGUGGAGGUGAGGCCGACGGCCACCGCGUCAGUAUACCGGUUGCGUGGAAACGGUUGCAGUUCAAGAGUGCCACGGCGAACAACGGACGCCGGAAGGGACUGCAGCAGCACUAUGUUGUUCAGAUAAGCCUCCUGGGGAAGAUAAAGGUCAGCGGCGAGCUGAUGAAGAUUGCCGAUAUCCAGAGCGGACCGGUGAUUGUGCGCGGACGCAGCCCGCGGAACUUUGAUAGCAGAAAGGAUGUUCCUCUCAGCGCGGGCGAGAAGAAGGUGCCGAAUAACACGGAGAGGACACGCACGCAAAGCGACGCAAGUGCUGCUCCCACGCCGAAUCUGAAAACGGAACGGACAGACCCGUCGCAGAACGGGAACACGUUCAAUUCGUUAGGCAGUAACUUGGCCACGUCCAAAUCGAACGAGUGGGCAACGCCAACGCCCACCACACCAUCUUACCCAGGACCAUCGAACUCGCAACAACAACCAGCGAAGAGAUUGGCUCUCUCGCCGAAUCUAAGCAGGCCACCCGUACCAUCGUGGGGAAAAGAGUCUUCGGCCAAAAUAUCGAACCUGGACAGGUUCUCGAAGAACGCAUCCGCUACACAGUCCGUGCCGAUAAGUCUAUCGCUAUCGGAGGACGAACGCAGCCCGAACAACCGCUCGAACACGGAUUCAUCACAAAGCCCGCGGUUACAGAGAGCAUCGUCAGGUCAUGUUGGGGGCGAGAGCCCCUUGGAAGAAGAGGAAGAGUUAUACGAGUAUUUCCCAUUGUCGGUGGAUGACUGGACACCACUCGUCGAUACGAUUUACCGCCCGCACAUUGUUCACCACAUAGCCGUGCCGCAGGAGAUCAAGGCACAGCAGAUCAGGAGCAAGUCGAAGAGAUAUUUCUCGGCAGAAUGA